AUGCAGCGCUAGAGGGAACGGCAGACGGUUCUCAGGGCUGGGGUGGGGGGUCUCUUCAGCCCCUAGCUUCAACACCCCUCGCCACGUUAUUUUUCCCUGUUCUACCCUUCAGCACCAUCUGGGCAUCGACAGCUCCUCGGCUUCGGCCCCACCUUGAGCCCCCGUUCCACCUUCUCCCGCUUCAGCACCUCCGGCGCGGACAGCUCCUCGCUGUCGCUUCCACUCCCGGCCCUGGGCCGGACCCGAGAGCAGACGCUCCUCGGCGCCCGCUCACGGGGACGACUCCUGCUCCCUGCUAUCCCAGACCCCUUUCUCUGGCCAUGGAGACCCUUGGGGUCAGCGAAGGGGCAGAGGUGUGCAGCAGGUUGAGUCGCUCUCGCGGCCGCCACAGCAUGACCAGAGCCCCAAAGCACCUGUGGCGGCAACCCCGGCGCCCCAUCCGCAUCCAACAGCGCUUCUAUUCGGAUCCGGACAAGUCCGCGGGCCGCCGCGAGCGGGACCUGAGCCCGCGGCCCGGGCUCGGGAAGUCGCGGCUUUCCUGGCCCAUUUCCUCCUGCAGGCGCUUUGACCUGGAAAAUGGGCUCUCAUGCGGGAGGAGGCCCCUGGACCCUCAGUCCAGCCCUGGGCUGGGCCGGGUCAUGCAGGCUCCAGUCUCGCACAGCCAGCGGCGCGAGUCCUUCCUGUACCGCUCAGAUAGUGACUAUGAACUCUCACCCAAGGCCGUGUCUCGGAACUCCUCUGUGGCCAGCGACCUACAUGGAGAGGACAUGAUUGUGACGCCCUUUGCCCAGGUCCUGGCCAGUCUGCGGACGGUUCGGAGCAACGUGGCGGCCCUUGCCCGCCUGCAAUGCCUAGGAGCAGCCAAGCAGGGACCCGUCGGAAACCCUUCAUCCAGCAAUCAGCCCCCUCCGCCUGCCCCAACAGGUGAAAUUGGCUUCUGUAAGCCUCACCCUGGCCCAUCUGCAGACCAGCAGACUGAGGUGGAGCUGCCCAAAGUGACCGCUGAGGAGGCCCCGCAACCCAUGUCCCGGAUCAGUGGCCUACAUGGGCUCUGCCAUGGUGCCAGCCUCUCCUCAGCCACUGUCCCACGCUUCGGGGUCCAGACUGACCAGGAGGAACAGCUGGCCAAGGAGCUAGAAGACACCAACAGGUGGGGACUUGACGUGUUCAAGGUGGCGGAGCUAAGUGGGAACCGGCCCCUUACAGCUAUCAUAUUCAGCAUUUUUCAGGAGCGGGACCUGCUGAAGACAUUCCAGAUCCCAGCAGACACACUGGCCACCUACCUGCUGAUGCUGGAGGGUCACUACCAUGCCGAUGUGGCCUAUCACAACAGCCUACAUGCCGCCGAUGUGGCCCAGUCCACGCAUGUGCUGCUGGCUACACCUGCCCUUGAGGCUGUGUUCACAGACUUGGAAAUCCUGGCUGCCCUCUUUGCAAGUGCCAUCCAUGAUGUGGACCAUCCUGGGGUCUCCAACCAGUUUCUGAUUAACACCAACUCAGAGCUGGCGCUUAUGUACAAUGAUGCCUCCGUGCUGGAGAACCACCACCUGGCUGUGGGCUUCAAGCUGCUGCAGGCAAAGAACUGCGAUAUCUUCCAGAACCUCAGCACCAAGCAGCGACUGAGUCUGCGCAGGAUGGUCAUUGACAUGGUGCUGGCCACAGACAUGUCCAAACACAUGAACCUCCUGGCCGACCUCAAGACCAUGGUGGAGACCAAGAAGGUGACAAGCCUCGGCGUCCUCCUCCUGGACAACUAUUCCGACCGAAUCCAGGUUUUGCAGAAUCUGGUGCACUGCGCUGACCUGAGCAACCCCACCAAGCCGCUGCCCCUGUACCGCCAGUGGACAGACCGCAUCAUGGCCGAGUUCUUCCAUCAGGGAGACCGCGAGCGUGAGUCGGGCCUGGACAUCAGUCCCAUGUGUGACAAGCACACGGCCUCAGUGGAGAAGUCCCAGGUGGGUUUCAUUGACUACAUUGCCCACCCACUGUGGGAGACUUGGGCUGACCUGGUCCACCCAGACGCACAGGACCUGCUGGACACGCUGGAGGACAAUCGAGAGUGGUACCAGAGCAAGAUCCCCCGAAGUCCCUCAGACCUCACCAACCCUGAGUGGGGCGGGCCUGACAGAUUCCAGUUUGAGCUGACUCUGGAGGAGGCAGAGGAAGAGGAGGAGGAGGAGGAAGAGGACGGGGAAGAGACAGCUUUAGACAAAGAGGCCUUGGAGUUGCCUGACACUGAACUCCUGUCCCCGGAAGCUGGCCCAGACCCUAGGGACUUACCCCUCGACAACCAGAGGACUUAGGGCCAGCCCUGCGUGAACUGCAAGGGCAAUGGAUGGUGAAUUCCUUUGGCUCUUGGCAGGCAGACUUUCCAGGAAGUGGCUCCAUGUGGCUUUUGCUUCACUUUCCCAUCCAUUGAGGGAGACAAUCAAGUUCUUAGUCAUAGGUGGCUCUCAGGGUCUAAUUGGAGGCACCUGGCUGGGGUCCACUCUGACCCCGGACUUGCCUAAAAGAGCUCUCCAAGGGGCAGCCUCUUAUAAUGCCCUUGGGAUCUUUCUCCUGGGCUUCUAUCCCUGCGAGGAGAGGUGCUGUCUGCUAGAGCCUCUAGCCCACCCUCUCCAGUGGUCACUCUUGAGCCACAUCUGUCACUUAAUUAUUUCCUUCUUUGUCAAA